UUUACAGGAUGAGAGUUAGUGAAAUGAGCGCAAGGUGCGACUGAGAAUAGGUCACGAUGCUAGCGGGUCGGCGAAAUCCGAUCAAUCCCCUCCAUCCACAAAUGGUCGUGUGUAGUUUGGCCGCGAUUCUUGUCUUCCUUCCCUUACCUCCUCACCGUUGCUACUGAUAUAAUCCUUCGUUUUGCACCUCGUGAAUCGCAAAGCGUGUUUCUUUAAGGAUUGGCAGUAUAAAAACCUCGGAAGAUCCUAGCAAAACAAAUCGUCUGACGAGCUUGCCCCGAAAAUCAUGACAGAAGGUGAAGAUCCUGGUCGUCGACCGACGUUUAACCGUUGACGAUACUUCCGGUCAGGUUCAGUUGACCAUGCAGUUCUGGACGCUUACGUUCGUUAGAAUCACUGAAUAGGCCAGAUGCCAUCAAUGUCCUCGAUAUUCAGUCCCCAAAAUAACCACGGCCUUGAAUGUGACCUCUGCCGCUUCGGAGCACACGGCAGAGCGUUGUUGUCUUCUUCACCACAACGUCAGGAAGCCUUUCCCUUGUAACCUCGAGAAUGUCGGGUAAUAACCCGAACUGCCAGUGGAGUGGUUUCUCCGCCUCUCUGCGGGACGACCUUGGCGGUUUUGCCUUCUACACGCCUCCUACGAGGUAUAUAAGUGCUCGACUUUGGUAACGAAAGGAUCAGAGUCAACAGCUCCUCGAUUGCAUUCGAAUCACAUCAGCUCUCAGUACGCUCACAUCCUGCUCCUCUACAUAUCUCAUCGACUAAUCACUCUUGUAUUUCUAGGGUAUCCUCGUUGGUCUACCGGUCUUCUCGACACCCGGACAUCUCGAUCAUCUAACCAUGUUCCGCACCGCAGCCCUCCUCUCUUUCACUUUCCUCGCUACUGUGUACGGUCAGCAGGCCGGUACUCAGACGGCUGAGACCCACCCCAAAAUUUCCAUCCAGCAGUGUACCGCCAGUGGUUGCACUACCCAAAACUCCGCUGUCACUCUCGACUCGAACUGGCGUUGGCUCCACACCACCACCGGUUACACCAACUGCUACACCGGUAACGAUUGGGAUGCUACCCUUUGCCCCGACCCCACCACUUGCGCUUCGAACUGCGCUCUUGACGGUGCUGACUACGGUGGCACUUACGGUAUCACCACUACCGGCAACGCUCUCACCCUCAAAUUCGUUACCGGCAGCAAUGUCGGCUCUCGUGUCUACCUUCUUGCUCCCGGGUCAGACACUACCUACCAAGAGUUCAAACUCAAGAACCAGGAGUUCACAUUCGACGUCGACAUGUCCAACCUUCCUUGUGGACUGAACGGUGCAGUCUACUUGGUCAACAUGGAUGCCGACGGUGGCAUGGCGAAGUUCCCCACCAACAAGGCUGGUGCCAAGUAUGGUACUGGUUAUUGCGACUCUCAAUGUCCCCACGAUAUCAAGUUCAUCAACGGAGAGGCUAACAUUGUUGGCUGGAACGGUACUUCCGCCAAUGCUGGUUCAGGUCAAUACGGUACCUGCUGCAGCGAGAUGGAUAUCUGGGAGGCGAAUCUCAAUGCCGCUGCCUACACUCCACACGUCUGUAACUCACAGGGACUGACCCGAUGCGAGGGUUCCCAGUGCGGUGAUGGUGAUGAGCGUUACUCCGGUGUUUGUGACAAGGACGGUUGCGACUUCAACUCUUGGCGUAUGGGCGACCAGACGUUCCUCGGAACGGGCCUUACCGUCGACACCUCGAAGAAGUUCACCAUCGUCACCCAGUUCAUCACUGCCGACAACACCACCUCCGGCGCGCUCUCUGAGAUCCGCCGUCUCUACGUCCAAGACGGUACGGUCAUCCAGAACUCCAAAGUCAACAUCCCCGGCAUUGACCCUGUCAACUCCAUCACCGACGACUUCUGUUCUCAGCAGAAGGAGGUCUUCGGCGACACCAACUACUACCAAACCCUUGGCGGUAUGGCCAAGAUGGGUGACGCUCUCGACCAGGGCAUGGUUCUCGCAUUGAGUGUAUGGGACGACUAUGCAGCCCAAAUGCUCUGGCUCGACUCCGACUAUCCCACCGACGCUGACGCUUCCAACCCUGGUGUCAACCGUGGCCCUUGCCCCACCAGCUCUGGUGUUCCUGCCGAAGUUGAGGCGUCAGCCUCUGGUGCCUCGGUUACUUACUCCAACAUCAAGUUCGGUCCCAUCGGCUCGACCUUCAGCAACACUGGCUCUGGAAGCCCCCCUUCCAACCCACCCACCAGCUCUUCGUCGAGCACUGGUACCGCCCCGACUGGCGGCGCUGGCACGGUUGCCCAGUGGGGACAAUGUGGUGGUAUCGGCUACACCGGUGCAACCGCUUGCGCUUCUCCCUUCACCUGCCACGUGCUGAACGACUACUACUCUCAAUGCUACUAAGCCGUUUCAGCCGGCUGUAGAGGGAUGGACUGUUGACCAAAAGUUUUCACUCAUCUCGUUUGUAUAUUAUCACGUCUCGCAUCUCAGAUUGUUGUCGAUCUUUCGAUCGACAACAUCUGCGCUCUCGAAUCCAAAGGUAGAAACGUAGCUUGUCUUGACGUGUACGUUUCUUACCUUGCUAUCAGAAUCCUGCUCCGUUUUUGUGCGUAGUUUCGAGGCCAUUCUUGAAGUGAUCAAUAGGCUGUACUGAGAUGGUCUGCCUGCAUCGCUGAGGAUGGCAUGCAUUUCCUCUGAGUACUACAUCUUCGCAUGCCCAGCCCUUCGACUGUCAACGAUUAUUUGGACCACCUUUUGGGUACACCUUUCAAUAUUGGCCUCAGCGCCUGUGUGUCUUGGACUUCCAAAACCCUGGGAUCACAAUGUCGUUCUCUAUGUGGGUGGCAAUGUCGAAGUGUCCACAGCAGUGAAUCCGCCCACUUCAUGAUCCUAUCAAAGUUGCGACAUGAGCAUACCGUGUUCAUGGUAGGAGAGGCUUGUUUCUCUCGUUGACUUCGACAUUCUUGUCCGGCCAUUUCAUCUAAACUGAAGAAGAGGCAUCUUGUGAAGGUAGCUAUUUAAUGAUUAUAAUUUCAGUAGUAUUUUAUCAAAGAGCAGCGAGCGCAUUGUAGUAAGAACAAAUGAACAAGAGUGCGAUGUGUAUUACAAUAUACAGACAACGUUCAACACA